AUGGCAGCAAUUCAGGCCUCGAAAUCUUCGACCCCAUUGCUCAAAGAUGAACUAGACAUAGUGAUUCCGACCAUCAGAAACCUGGAUUUCCUCGAAAUGUGGAGACCCUUUUUCCAGCCCUACCAUCUGAUCAUUGUUCAAGAUGGAGAUCCAUCGAAAACAAUCAACGUCCCAGAGGGUUUUGAUUAUGAACUCUACAAUCGAAAUGAUAUAAACAAGAUUCUGGGUCCUAAGGCUUCGUGUAUUUCAUUUAAGGAUUCGGCUUGCCGAUGCUUUGGCUAUAUGGUGUCGAAGAAGAAGUAUAUCUUCACCAUUGAUGAUGAUUGCUUUUAUCAGACACUGAAUUUUGUUUGUGUGGGAAGACUGGAUUUUGAUAAGUGGAUUUAUAUGACAAUUACUGUAUGA